GAGUCGCGUUUCUCUUCGAAUGCAAGCGUGUUGUAUCAAUCGAUUUGUUACAAAGAAUAUCUACAACUCUUUCUUAUUCUAGUCUUGUAGCAAUUGUAAUGAAUAGUUUGAAGAUGUUAUUGUGAAUCAACAUAAACAAAAAAGCCGUCAAAUGAGAUUUUUAUUUAAUAUUAGUGUUCUUACUUUUUGCAUCGUAAAUGCAUUAGUAUCAUCGUAUACAGUUCCAGAUGCGAGUGUAGAAAUUUUAAAGCCAAAAGGAUUUCGAAUAUCUUUACCACAUGAAGAAGGCAUCAAUGAAGUAUCAUUCAAUGUAAAAAUCAACCAAAGAAUAAACAUCUAUCAACCUGGUGAUUUUGCAGCAAUUAUUACAGAACGCACCGAUAAUGUCUGGGCAUUUGAUAAUAUCAACAGCCGAGUUAAAGUUGGUGAUCAAAUCAACUACUGGGUUCAUGUUCGUUUUGGAAAUGGAAAAAUCUUGCGUGAAAUCGGUGUAGUUAGGGUCUCGGCAAAUACAAUGGAAAUUUCAAAUACCUGCCCAGAAAUUGAAUCUCAACAACAACAAUGUCCUGCCGUUGAUGGCGGGAAAGUUGAAUGCGAAAAAUCACCAACUACAAUAAAUGGCAAACAAAUGUGUAGGAAUGAGUUACUAUUCGAAGAUCACUUUGACCGAUUAGAUUGGUCGAAAUGGAAUCAAGAAGUUCGAAUACCUCAAUCAUCGGAUGACGGACAGUUUGUAAUGUUUCUGAAUAAGCCGAAAAAUUGUUUUGCUAGAAACGGUCAAUUGCAUAUUAUUCCGAGUUUAGCUUCAGAAGUCCUGGGAAAUGAUCUUAAAAAGUUCAGAACUGGAAGCUAUCAGAUAGGAGCAGAAUGCACAGGUUUUCUAGAUAAAUCACAAGAAUGCAGUAGAAAGGCACAAUUCUAUCAAAUUCUUCCACCAGUUGUUUCAGCAAGGAUCAACACAAAGCAUUUCUUCAGUUUUCGUUAUGGAAGAGUUGAAAUUAAAGCGAAACUACCCAAAGGCGAUUGGCUGUUUCCAUUAAUAUUACUGGAACCUCUAGAAAAUUACUAUGGCAUAAAAAAUUACCAAUCCGGUCAGAUACGAAUUGCAUUCAACCGAGGCAAUGAGGUACUUCAAGAUGCCAACUACACUGAUAUUUCAAACAAAAUUCUUUAUGGUGGUGUUGUGAUGUCGAACGUUGACCAACAUCGGAAUUACUUUCUACGCGGAACAAAGUUGGAUUGGGACCUAAGUAAUGAAUUCCACAUCUAUACCUUGGUAUGGACAGAGCAUCAGUUUAUUUUAGGCAUAGAUGGACAAGUCUAUACGCAAAAUUUCAAAGAAGAUUUUCCCAAGUGGAUGGAAAGUUUUCAUGGCAAAACAAAAGUGACUUCAAAAAUGGCUCCCUUUGAUAGAGAGUUCUAUCUUUCACUUGGAGUUUCGGUUGGUGGACAUUCAGAUUUUCCUGAUGAUUCACGAAAUGGAUUUGAAAGACUUCCAAAGCCUUGGACUAAUGGAGAUCCCAAAGCAGAAUUGUACUUUUGGAAAGAUUAUGAGAAUUGGUCAAGAACAUGGAAUAGUGAUGCAAGUGGUCUUCAUGUUGAUUAUGUUAAAGUAUAUGCUUUAUAAAAUGAAAAUAAAAUGUGAGUGCUGUAACUAGCAUGUGAUUUAUGAACAUAAAAAAAUAUUUUGUAAACAUUUUUUAAAAAUGGAAUAAGUACAUAAAUAAAUACACUUGUGGCGCGACGAGCUCACUAUUGCCC